AUACACCAUAAGUUCCCUUGUCAACCGCCAUUAAACGCUACAAGAAGAAGAAGAAGACUGGACAUGCAGAAGGAGGAGGUCAAGACGAGAACUGCUGCAUAUCUGGAUCUAUGUUUUGGUCAAAAUAACUGCUGCAUAUCAGGGUCUCUUUUAAAACAGACUACAACAAACACACGGAUUGUAGGCAACAGUUUACUUCCUGAGCCGGAUGACAUGGACAAGACCGACAUUAUCAUAAUUCCUCCCGCUUCGGAAUCAGCCUAUCAAAUGGAACCGGAAGAAACAUCACCAUCAGGAUCUUCAUAUGAUUCCAUAAUGGUGGAAAACUCUGGUUGUUUGCAGAUCAAAAACACUUUUCCAGAAAGAAAGCAAAGAACAGAAGACAGCCAAUAUUUUUCUUGUCUUCAUUGUGGAAAGGGGUUUAAAAGGAACAAAUGUCUUGUGAAGCACAUGAUAACCCACACCGAAGAAAAGAUUUUCACCUGCCCUCAGUGCGAGAAAAGUUUCAGAAGAAGAGAAAAACUUAGACGUCACAUAAGAAUUCACACCGAAGAGCGCUUAUACUCAUGUCUUCAGUGUGAGAAGAGUUUUAGACAGAAAAAAAGUCUUCAAGUCCACAUACAAAUUCACACCGGAGAGCGUCCAUACCCAUGUCUUCAGUGUGGAAAGAGUUUUAUUCAUAAACAAAGUCUUAAAACCCACAUGAGAAUUCACACUGGGGAGCACUUACACCCAUGUCCUCAGUGUGAAAAGAGUUUCACAGAUCCAAGUAAUCUAGAAGUCCACUUGAGAAUUCACACCGGAGAGAACCCAUACCAAUGUCUUCAGUGUGAAAGGAGUUUUAAACAAAAACAAAAUCUUAAACUCCACAUGAGAGUUCACACCGGAGAGCGUCCAUACCCAUGUCUUCAGUGUGGAAAGGGUUUUAUGCAUAAACAUAGUCUUAAAACCCACAUGAGAAUUCACACUGGAGAGCGCUCGCACUCGUGUUCUCAGUGUGGAAAGAGUUUCACAGAUCCAAGUAAUCUAAAAAUCCACAUGAGAAUUCACACAGGAGAGCGUCCAUACACAUGCCUUCAGUGUGGAAGGACUUUCAGACAAAAAAGUAGUCUUGACAACCACAUGACAAUUCACACAGGAAAACGACCGUACCCAUGUCUUCAGUGUGAAAAGAGUUUCACAAACAAAAACAAUCUAACGAUCCACAUGAGAAUUCAUACCGGAGAGCGUCCAUACACAUGUGUUCAGUGUGGAAAGAGUUUCACAGAUACAGGUAAACUAAAGGGCCACAUGAGAAUUCACACUGGAGAGCGCUUACACACGUGUUCUCAGUGUGAAAAAUGUUUCACAGAUCCAAGUAAUCUAAAAAUCCACAUGAGAAUUCACACAGGAGAUCGCCCAUACAUAUGUCCUCAGUGUGGAAGGAGUUUCAGACAAAAAAAUAGUCUUGAUAACCACAUGACGAUUCACACAGGAAAACGACCGUACCCAUGUCUUCAGUGUGGAAAGAGUUUCACAAUCAAAAGUAAUCUAACGGUCCACAUGAGAAUUCACACCGGAGAGCGUCCAUACAUAUGUGUUCAGUGUGGAAAGAGUUUCACAGAUACAAAUAAACUAAAGCUCCACAUGAGAUUUCACACCAAACAGAAUCCAUACACAUGUAUGGAAAGUGUGGAAAGCGUUUCAGACGAAAAACAAUUCACACUGUAAGGGAAAAAACAAUGGCGGAAACCAAUAGGUGAUGGGUCCUUUUCUGGCGCUUACUGAUGACGUUUAAUGUUACAUAAUUUAGGUAGUUUUAUCUGACUCAAAAAGAUAAAUCUCGUUGUUUGUAAUUAUGAAUCAAAUAAAUAUAAUUGUGUAAUUAAGAUAAA